CCCAUCGCCGCCAAGCCCAUCACAACUCCGUAACACACCAUUCAUCUCAUACCCACUGGAACCAGCUUACCAUCGUAACUAAAUUCCACUGCCCGCGCGCACUACACGGCGGCUGCGCGUUCUCCCUUUCCGUCCGCCACCCUCCUGCCAACCAUAAUCGUCGUUCGCCGUCCCGAAAUUCUGCAGCAUCUCAUUUUCAGAUUUCGCGUCUGUCAUCACGGAAUCUCCGAUCAGCCCAUAUGGCCGAUGAAACGCUGCUGAGUGAUUUAUGUAGCAUCUGGUGUGUUUUGAGCACAUCUUCCAUGUCUUCCAUGACGUUUACACCUUGCCCAUGUCCAAUGUCGUUGUCAUCUAUCUCUCCAGACCCCGCUUUCAUACAUAGACUAAAACAGACGUUUCAAUUUGCGCAACCCACUGAGACAUUCCCAACACUAAGGCUGACAGAAUCUAGCAACAACAAGAAAUCCAAGUACUGUUGUCCAGGCUGCGCAGCUCGGACCUGCUCGCUGCCAUGCUACAAGCGUCACCAGCAAUGGGCACAGUGUACCGGGAAACGAGAUCCCACGAAAUAUGUGAAGAAAUCUCAAUUAGCCACUCCCGCUGGGAUCGAUCAUGACUAUAACUUCAUCACUGGCAUUGAACGUGGGCUAGACAGAAAAGAGAAAGAUAUCCAAGAUAGAGGACUUAGUGUCGCCAAUGCAGCCCGGACCGGACCAGGGAAGGGAGAAAUCACAGAGCAACGAUACAAAGCCGCCGGCGUGAAUGUGAUUCGAGCUCCAAAAGGUUUGAGUAGGCAGAAGGAGAAUAAAACCCACGCCAGUUCAAAGAAAAACAUUGUAUGGACCGUUGAAUGGAUACGGGAGGGCAAGGCUCGCCUUCUUUCCGAAACCUCAGAGGUCCUUUCACUCGCUGCGGCAUAUGCCAACCUUGCUGGACAAAAGCCCAACAAGAAAAGGAAACUAGAGCCCGACUUGGAUAAAAACACUGAGCUGGAGAGAUCCCAAGAUACUCGAGGUAUUUCUAAAGACAAAUCCGGACCGCCCCAAAUCAAGGUUGAGGAUGAAGAAGUGGAGCGUCCGACUCCCAGACGAUCCUCCUCAGAAGAGCUGUCACAAAUUAAGAUCGAAGAAGCAUCUGGACCCGACGCCGAAGUGGCACAUCAUCUUCACACAAACCCUGAUAUCGAUGAUACAGACUCCCAAUCCCUUCAUCAUCGACACAAUUUCUUCCUACUAAAGCCCCGAACCAACUCCACUAGUCACGUGCUCAUUCCUCUAUCUGCGUCGGCGACUCUUCGUGAUUGUCUCCAGGGUCGCACGGUUCUCGAAUUUCCUACACUGUAUGUGCUCUCAAGCGCUCCCGAUAGUCUUCCAAAUGGGUACUUGCUGGAAGAGGAGUACAAUAAACAAGAGCGAAAGGAGCGAAAGGAGCUCGAAGAAACUCUGAAGGCGCAUCCCGAAGCCCUGCGGGCUUGCAAGCACGAGAAUACGGAGGAAAAUGCGGAUGACGCGGUAGACAACCAAAAAAUUCUCGAUGUCUUGAAAAAAGAUUUAGGUACAGGGAUAUAAUCUCACCACCAUGGCUUAACAGCGAUGCUAAAGGUCGUACCUUUCUAGCAUUCCAAAUCAGUUUAUUGAGCCCCUUGCACCUCCUUCACCUUGGCCACUGGUGAUGAAUCGAGCAAGGCGUAUCUUCCACCUUCCUUUUCCAUCAUCAAUACGAAGCCUUCUUUCCAAAUCCAGUCUCACUUCCCGCCCCCCAUCACCUCUUCAGCCCAACAUCCCACUAUUACAAAAGCAUUCUCACCUCACGUCCCAACCAGAGGCUCGGUUCGCCUUUGA